CGGAAGCAAGAGAAAGAUCAAACAGCAAUCGGCUCACAGCGAGAAAGGGAGAGAAAGUGAGAGAAAGUUUAGGAAAAAUUUAGAGCGAACCCGCGACGGGAAAAAAGGAAAAAUCAGAAAACCUAGAAACAGCAGACAAACAGUGUGUGUUUGUUGUGGGUAUUAUUUAUGUGUGUGAGUGUAAGAGAGAGGACUGGGUUUGGCGUCUCUGUCUGAAAACUCGCGCACGCUCGUACGAAAGCCCUUUGUAUUUGAUCGGAGACGUCUGUCAUUGUGAUUCCGGGAGAUUGCAAUCGGGGGAGUUUGGUGCUGGUACCUGCAGUGGAUGGAGCGUGGCGCAGAGUCCGAUCCGUCACCGGAAUGGACGGCGCCGGGGCCGGAAACAGGGCUUGAAGAGCCUGUUUGGGGCUUGGGAUUGGGCGGAGAUGAGGUGUCGUACCCUGAGCGGCCUGACAAGGACGAUUGUAACCACUAUUUGAGGACGGGGUAUUGCGGGUACGGGUCCAGCUGUCGGUAUAAUCAUCCACCCGACCGUGCAGUGGUCAUGGGAGCUGCAAGACCUGGUGCAGGGGAGUUCCCUGAGCGAGUGGGCCAGCCCAUCUGUCAGUAUUAUAUGAGGACAGGAACUUGUAAGUAUGGUGCUUCCUGUAAGUUCCACCACCCUAGGCAGGGAGGUGGCUCUGUUAGUCCUGUGACACUAAAUCAUUACGGAUACCCCUUACGUCCGGGUGAAAAAGAGUGUUCUUACUUUGUGAAGACUGGCCGGUGCAAGUUUGGUGAAACGUGUAAAUUCCAUCAUCCUAUACUAGCAAACAUACCAGUGCCUUCUCCGGCUCCUCAAGUUGCACACAUUCCUUCACCAGUAACUCCAUCUGCAUUAUACCCACCACUGCAAUCACCGUCUGGUCCUUCCUCUCAACAAUAUGGAGUAGUAUUGGCAAGGCCUUCUCUGCUGCCAGGUUCAUAUGUUCAAGGCCCAUAUCAUAUGUUGGUCACCCCUGGUGUUGUUCCUGUGCCGGGCUGGAGUCCUUACCCGGCACCAGUUAGUCCUGGUACGCAACCAACUGUUGGAUCAAGCUCAAUGUAUGGAAUGCCACCCUUAUCUCCUACAGCACAUGCCUAUACCGGAGGUUUCCAAUUUUUACCUCCUAGUGUUGGUUCUUCUAGUAGCAGCCAAAAGGAAUCAUCAUUUCCAGAGAGACCAGGCCAACCAGACUGUCCGUAUUACAUGAAAAAUGGUGAUUGUAAAUUUGGAUCCUCAUGUAGAUACCAUCAUCCGCCAGAGGUGAUCGCACCAAGGACAAAUGUUGUUCUCAGCUCCAUAGGUCUUCCUAUUCGUCCAGGUGCACCUCCUUGUGCUCAUUAUGCACAACGUGGUGUAUGCAAGUUUGGGCAUGCAUGUAGAUUUGAUCAUUCUAUGGGAAUGUUAAAUUACAGUCCAUCUGCAUCUUCCCUUGCUGAUAUGCCAGUUGCACCCUACCCUGUGGGAUCUUCAAUUGGUACUCUGGCACCAUCGUCCUCAUCUUCAGAGUUGCGGUCAGAACUUGCUACAGGAUCCAGCAGGGACUCUGCUUCGACCAGAACGUCCUCAUCAGUGAGCACAUCUAGUGAAUCAGUUGGUUCAUUGCUUUCCAAAACUGGACCUGUUCCUCAGUCAGGUACACAAGAGUCUGCUCAGGGUUCUGCUCCUAUUGGCAAUGUUGGCGGCAGCAGCAGCAGCAGCAGCGCUGAGGCACCUACUUCAAACUGAGAGAUACAGUGGAGCAAAUGCCUUGAUCUUCUUUUUUGAUCAAGGUCAUGAACAAAAACACUUAUUUUUUUUUUGUGAGAGUCUUUAAAAUAGGAGGCUUCAUUUCUGUUUUCAUAGUUCCACGAUUCAGGUCUAGCACACAUUAGCUCUGAUCAUCUCUGUUUUCAUAUAGUCUUCAAAAGGCCAUCAUUUAAUCUUGAAUAAGCCCAUGGCCAACCCUAAAAAGUUUUAGCAAACUUCCACACACCCACUUUGCUUUCAAAUAACCAUGAAAGUAUCUGCAGCUAAAUUAGGAAAGUCCGCGUCUUACCCAUCCCAUUUUUGGAGUCUGUUGUGUAUGUUUUUGUGCCAAUCUCUAUUUCAGAGAAAAUAUCAGUCCUACAGGUUUCUUCAUCUGAACAUCAACUGUAUUCAUGUCUCCCAUUUUGAAGUUAGGUCUGGGAACAAGGUUUCCUACUCAAUCUAGACAGACACUUGAAGGUAUGUUCUUGUUCCCCACUUUUUUACUGGGGUUUAUUGUUAAAGGAACUCCAUGGAGUCAUUUAGUAUGAUACAAUAUAUGGGAUUAGAUACAGAAUUAUGUUGUGACAUUUGAAUGCUUGCCAUGGUUAGAUAAAUUAUUAUGAUAUAC